AUGCAUAGAUUAUCUAUACCGAGAUAUGCUAUAUUGUUAGAACCAAUUUUAGCAUCAAUAUGGAUACAGUUAAGCGAAACUGCUAAAUCAAUUAGAGAAAUCGAUGGCAAAGAUUAUUAUAUAGAGCAGGGAAAUAGGAUUGACAAAGAUGGUCAACCAAUAAAAUCUGACAUUAUUGAAAAAGCUUUCCUUAUCGAAGGAACAAAAGAAGAAUUUAUAAAAAAUUGUACCACAACACAUAUAAGAAAAUUACUUCGAGAUAUAAAAAACUUACCGGAUGAUAAUGAAAUAAUUCCUAAUGAAUAUCCGGAAAUAAAAAUUCCCAAACAUUUACGAGAAUUGGUAACCGAUCUUCAAUUAACAAAAUGGAUUGAUAGUGGCAUUCAUGCAAAAUAUCGAUGUAAAAAUGAACAACAUUAUAUUGUUAAAAAUGGAAAAAUUGCACCUAUGGAUGCAAAUAAUACUGGAAUUGUGCAACAAAAUAUGCAUUGGAAUAAUGGAUUACAUCAAUCUUUACAAAUAAAACAUGGUGCAAAAAUAACUGCAGAAAGUUUAACAACAAAUUUUAUUGCAAAUGUAACAUAUUUUAGACGUUAUGGUCAUAAUAUUUAUGGUUUAACAGGAACACUUGGAAGUGUAAAAGCACGAAAAUUAUUGAAUAAAACAUACAAUGUUGAUAAAGUUGAUGAAAUUAAAAAUAGAUUAAUAACAGCAGAAUAUGAUAAAACAAAAAUAAAAAUUUAUAGAACAGAAAUCGAUUCAAAAAUUAUUAAAGAAGAAUUAAAACCUGGUGAAAUAAUUAUUGCAACAAAUAUUGCCGGUAGAGAAACUGAUAUACGAGCUGAAAAAAUUCAAAAAAAAUGGUGGAUUACAUUUGUUGUGUGUGUUACAUUUUUACCGCCAAAUGAAAGAGCUGAACAACAAAACGUUGGAAGAACAUCAAGAACAGGAAAUAAAGGAACUGGUCAGUUUAUUUUAUUAGAAGCGAUAGAAAAUGAUUUUGAAAUAGUAAAACAAAUUCGAAACGAACAAGAAGAAGAUGGAAUUCAUAUAUUAAAGAUGUUUAGACUAAUAUUGAAUGAAAUGUUUGAAGAUAAACAUAAAAUCGGCGUAGCAGUAAAACAACGUAAACGAUUAGCAUCUUAUGAACAAUUUUUAGAAUGCGUCAAUAGUGAAUCUUACCCCAGCGCAAUCACGUCAUUAGCAGAAGAGUUAAAAGAUUAUAAAGCACUAGCAUUAAAAUCAUUAAAUGAAGAACACGGGAAAAAACCAUUAUUGUUUUGGAAAUUGAACGAAACUGUGUUACCUAUACUCGCACAAAUAUCCAAAAAGUUUUUGGCAGUUCCUAGUACAAGUGUCGCAUCAGAAAGUGCAUUUAGCUUAUCUUCAUUUUACGACCGUAAAGCAAGAGCAAGAUUAAGUCCAGAGCCUUUAAGUUUAUCAGUAUUUUUGAAAGAUAAACUAAGUACACCAAUAACUGGACAGGUAAUAGCAUUAACACAACCAUAG